AUGGACCGACCCACCUCCGAGUACGCACAGUCAGACCAGACUUCUGCUGCUGCUGCUGCCGCCGCGGCCACUCACUACACUCACACCCCGCAACCCGAAGUACGCCCCAACCCGCAGUACUCGCACACGCCGCAGCCCGAGGCCCGUCCCGCCAUUUCCUCCUCCAACACCCCCCAACCCGAGUACGGCCUGAACCCACCGCCCGCUCGCUCGCCUGCCUACCACCAGGACUACCUGCCGCGCCCACCCCAGUCGUACGCUCCCAACUCUCAACCCGGUGGCGCGCCCGGUAUGGCUCAAGCAACAAAUCCCUCGCUCCCGGCCAACAGCCCCACCUAUCCUCCUCCCUAUUCUCCCUACCAGCCUCAGGGACACGACAUGGCUCAAUACCAGGGCCACCCGCCUCCUCCUCAUCAGAUGUACGCGCGCCCGGACUGGCCGCAUAGUUAUGGACAACAACAUCACGGUCUGCCGGGGCCUUAUGCGUCCCCGGCUGCUACUACGGUCUACUCCUUCGUCCCUAUUCCCGGUGCUCAACAGCACAAGCGCCCCCGUCGUCGGUACGAGGAAAUCGAGCGCAUGUACAAGUGUGGAUGGAACGGUUGUGAGAAGGCUUAUGGUACACUGAACCAUCUGAAUGCACACGUGACGAUGCAGUCGCACGGUGCUAAGCGUACCCCCGAAGAGUUCAAGGAGAUUCGCAAGGAAUGGAAGGCCCGCAAGAAGGAGGAAGAGUCUCAGCGCAAGGCUGCUGAAGAACGUGGCCAGCCUCCCGCUUACGCCAGCGGCGUUCGCCCUCAGUUGCCUCCCAUCGGCUAUCAGCCUGCCGACGGCCAAGUUCCCAACCAAUACGGCGGCCCUGGCGGUGGUAUGGUUUACCAGAGCAACGGACAAAUGGGGUACCCUCCCAACUACCCUCACUCCCCUUACCAGAGCGGUCCCGUGUACCAGCAACGUGAGUAA